AUGCCGCGUGGCGCCAAGAGAAAGGCGGCGGAUGUGGGCAAUACCGCACCUCCCAAUCGCCGCCCUCGCCGAGCUACUACUUCUUAUAAUGCCAAGGCCCCGAAGGCUCCGGCAGAGUCUUCAAAGAAGAUGAACCCCAGUGGUGCUAGAAAGCCAGCUGGGAGGCGUUCAGGACCGGGGAGGCCGUCGAAGAAAUGGAGUGAACCAUUUGUGUUGACCAGCGACAAAUCCCCGCUGAUUGACAUUGACUUGGUGAAACUGCUCUCAGACCCGAGAGCUUGGAACUGUCUUGAGGAGGAAGAGAAGCGGGAGAUACUCAGUUUGCUUCCUGACACCGCACAUCCUGAUCCCCAUGGAAAUCCCGAAGAUCCUGACUCUAAAAUACCGCCCCUACCACAUGAAUUUCUCCGCUAUUCAAUCCCAUGGCGUGACGCGGUGCGUCAAUUUCAAGUUGAUUUACAAAACGGUAGAUAUGACCCGGAAUGGCAGCGCCAAGCCCGUCAAGCGGUAAAAGAAAGGGCCGAGGGAAAAUUCGAUAACUGGAAAGAGGAGCAGUUUGAGCAAUUCUGGGGCCAGAAGCAGAAAAUUGAUUGGGGUUUGAUUGCAGGCGAAAGCUCGAAAAUUAAGCUGGAAACCUUGGUCAAGAAUCAGCUUGUUCAGGUGGGUGAUGUUUGGAAAUUUACCAGAGUGUUUGGGAGAGGUGAUGAUAAGAUCCUUGUGGAGAAAGAAGUGAUGGUCACUGGCUUCGAUGGGUCAUGCCUCACAUUUGCAAUUCCUUCUGGUCAAAAUAUCUUUCUUCGUGGACAUGGAUCUCACACUGGGGAAUGUAAACCCCCAACAGUUCCCGAAAAUCAAAAUGAGGCCACCGAUGGCUCGGACGGUGGUAAAGAGGCACCCUUACCAUCCCGGUUUGCUGAUACCGUGAACGUCAAAAGGGACGCUUCCCCUCGACUGUCUCACAAUGGCAAUCUUGUAUCCACCCUACAACAAUUUUUACUAGAUAUGGAACCCGACAGCCAUUCCGGGAAUUUGUCUAACGGGUUACAAACGGACGGAACAUCAGGGUCACCAGUCCCCAAAUUAUCCACGGUUAACACUUCGCUUGACGAAUGUGCCGAUACUCCUGUUCACGAUCUCAAGAAGAACCCCCUGGAUUCUUUUCUGGAUUCCGGGUCUGAACUUUCUGAUUUGGAAUCGGAAUUCGAAUAUGGAGAUAUUGAUGUCUCAUGGGAUGUUUACCGAUUUCAACUAGACUCGAAAGCAAAAGAAGCCAAACACGCAGAACUUGAGACCGUUAAAACUUCAAUAAUUGAUCCCUCUCAAGGCGAAGGCUCUAUGGAUGUGGAAAUGGUUGAAAUUAGGCCCAAAGACCCAUCGGCCGAUAUCGCGGAUCCAAAUGCCUCCGUAAAAGUUGGGCCUUUGUCGGAGACUCCUGAGGCUACAACAACCAAAACGGAUGUUUGCCUGGCUAGUACUGACGCAGAGCAAGAGGCAAAUGGAACUCAAAUGCUUCAGUCACCAGCCGAACUGACUCUCAAGAGCGCUCAGCCCGAGUCCAGUCCACUCGUGGCCCCAGACAUUGUGUUUGGCGGCGUCCGAGGCCCAAACAGCUUACACACCAAAAUCCUCAAGAUUGACGGACGCAUCACCAAUCCACCCAAUGGAAAUGCUUGGAAAGACUUCCGCUGUUACAGAAACAACCAAGAUAUGGGCAGUCUUUGGGAAAUAAGACAAGCUUGGUACCUUCGCACUCGCUCUUAA